CAUCCCGACACGUUCAUUCCUACCCGGAGCCUCGUCCUGGAUACACCGCGAGAGCCGAGUUCGAGGGAGACUCCAAGUCGGCAGACAUAAAUAAACUUUGCUUCGACAGUAGCUUUCAUCGCGAGGUUGAAGAAGAUCGGCUGCGAAUAUUGAGCUUUUGCUUUGACUUUCGGUUUUGACAAAACACUCGUCCGCCCACCGAGCUAAGAUGAUUUCUCAUUGCUCAUGGAUGUUGCUGCUGGGGAUCCUGGUCGUAGCGGCCGAAUCCUUGAGCACCGGUUUGAUGGAAGACGUGUCAAAAGCCGAUCAAGCGAUGCGGCCAAAAGCUAAACGCGUCCAGGAACUUUUGAUGUUUGGCAAUCAGCAGAACCGUAGAGCUGACAGCGUCGCGGCUGCGGUAGCAGCCGCAGCCGCAGCUGAUUCAAAUACCUUUACCUCGAACACCGAAAAAAGAACAUUGGACACUUCCGGUCUCGAGGAUGCGAAAGUAGCCGCGGACGAAUCUUUCAGCAAUUCGAAACAUCCGAGCAACCCGACGUACAACAAAGAUCAGUUCUAUGGAUACGAAAAGGUUUUGUCGAACGAUUUGUCCUCGAGGAACUGGAAUUUACCUUCGUACGAUCCGUACAGCAUUAUGCAAGACGAUCGUCGCAAGCGAUCGGAAAAAUCGGCGCCGACCCAGCUCCCUGCGUCAACAACAUCGACCCCGACAUCCUCCUCGCCUACGACGACUGAGGCCAUCCCGGAGCCUGUCGCCCAGGCUAAGCGGAGCAUUCCGGUUUACCAGGAACCCAGAUACAAACGCGGACUCGAUCGCGACGAUUUUCUGACGCUCCUAUCGCUCUGGGAAAACUCACCGCGCAACCGCAACUGGCGCAAUUAUGGAAACGACGAGUACGAAAACGUGGAGGACGACAGCAGCGUCAUGGGGUUGGAUGAAGAGGAUCCGAGAAAUGAUGGAGGGUGGGUGGCGAUGGAGCCUCCCCGUCACUUUGGUACCGCGAUGCACGGGCCGCAAGCUGUUUCGCCCUUCGACAUUGGAAUCCCCCGAACCCAUCCGGUGAAUUACUACGAUCAGCUUGACAAUCAGUACGCCACGCCUUACGAGACUUCGCAAUACGGUGGAGCCCAAUACGGUGCUCUUUAUCCGUCGCAAUCGUACUAUCCACCGGAAAAAAGAUUCCUCGUUGCUCGAAAACGUUCUCAGGCUUACGAUUCCUACAACGGUCGUAACGACUUGGCGAGUCUCUCACGACUGAUGAGUUCGCAGCCUCAGGUUUAUCCGAAUUAUCCCCACCGUCUUAUCUACUAGACUCGAUCGUAUACCGGAGAACGAAGACGAAGAACGAUUAAGUUGAUGGAUCGGAAAGAAGAAAACAAAAUGGCAGCUCGAACGUUUGUUGAAAAUUCGAGGGAAAACAAAAAAAGAAACGAAAAAAAAAAAAAAGAAACAACUCGCGUACCGACGAUGAUUGUUUUUUUUUUCGACCUUAUUUUUAUGGUUAAAUCGUGCUAUCGCCUGAUGAACGGGUUCAUCCUCUGUGUAUCGAAGUUUAAGCUCGUAUAAGUCGCUACUUCAUUCACAAAAAACCAACUAUUACGAUACGAAUAUUCCAACAGAAUAUGAGAGAAAAAAAACGAAAAUCAACUUUUCGAUGCUCGAAAAUCGCAGGAAAAAACAUUUAACGAAGGUGUCAAAGCACUGGCAAUCUAUUUAUUUGGCAGUGAUAAACGAGCUUCUCACAUAUUUACUCGACGAAAAUAUUCGCCUUAAUAUUCGCUGUUGGCUCGAAAAGCAAGAACAAACCAAAAAGAAAAAAAAAAACUAAAAAACCAAGUGGACAAAAACAAAAAGAUCAAUAUUCGUGCGAAGUUCCUCAUCGUUUUUAUUCCUUCACACAAAAUACAUACGAUAUAUGUAUAUGUAUAUAUAUAUAAAUUUAUAUAUAUUUUUGUCUUGUAUUAUAACUUAAUAACGGAUAGACUCGACGCGGGGACGUGACGAAUUGAACUUUGUAGUUGUACGGAAAAAAAAAAGAUUGUAAGAAUUUAAAAAAAAAAACAAAAAAGCCACAAUGUUUGAAAUCUGGGAAAAGUAAAUUAGAAAAUUAGUGCAUAGCAGUGUCUUUGCCCGCGCAUCUUUCGGCAAGAUGUGACAAGAAUUUUUUUAGAAAAAAAAUCGAAACACUACAGGCUCUACAACCGAAUCUACUUCCGACUUGUAUAAGAAAGGCUUUGCGAUACUCGCGAAGCACUAACAGAUGAAGAAAAAUCGAAGAUAUUCUGACUACCUUAAUCGAAGGCAUUUCAAUCCGAUGAGCCCGACUAGGUCGUCAUUAUCGUUAAUCCAAAUUUUUUAAAUCCCCCGUUCCCCCGUCACCGGGGACGUGGAUGGUUGAUUAUUUGUCAUGGUUUUUUUGGCAGCGAGGUUUUUAUCAUUUGAAAGGAAUUUGGGACGGAUCGGAGUGGAGUGCCUCGAGUCCGCGAGUCGCGUAAUGCAAACUGAAAAAGAUGCAUCUGUCGUUCUGUGUCAAUUAUUUAUACAUACGCGUGUUUUAAAAUCGAGCCAACACAAUGAUCGGGGGGCCCCCGUUUUUCGAUGCGCGUCGAGUUUUGCGGUUGCGAUAUCGAUUUUGCAAAAAUUCGCAAUAUUUUUGGCGAGUCGUGCAUUCAAGAUUGCAUUUAUAAGAGAAACGAGGAAACGAUCAAGAGUGAAAUUCGUAGAGAAGAAAAACAACAAAACAAAAGGACCAUACCAAAAGUCGAAAAUUUGCGAAUUUUUUGCGUAAACCCGAUUCUCAUGGCGAAUGUCACCACGCGAUAGUAAUUUUUACUCCAAAAAAACAAACUUCCGCGACAUAGGAGUCUAUCGACUUAUUUGUAGACUUAAAUUUUGCAAAUCUUAUCCUGCAUAAUGGUAAAAAGUACACGUUUGCGUUGAAAAUGAGGAGAAAAAAAAACAGAUAAAAUACAAGAUCGCGAAGUGAUUUUCUCCGGGAGACGCUCGAUCAUUGUAAAAUGUUUAACUCAAACGCUGGCCAAUUUCGGAUUAUAUAAAGUGUAAAAAUUAAUGCGCAGCCUUCGUAGAUACCUUCACGAAUGAAUUUCACGGUGAAAUAUAGUGAGAACCUAUAGCCGUUUAUAUUUUAUUCGAUUCGCGUAAUAAUAUAUAUUUUUGUUGGUAAAAUUAUAGUAUUUUUUUAACGAACUUUUAAACGAAAAAAAACGUCAAUGUACGAGAUACUUAUUAUAGUGAAACUGGAACUAGUGCAUUGAUUUAUUAUACAAAUGUUUACUAUUCGAUCAUACGCGUACAUGCAUAUAUAUAUAUAUUUGUAGAAAAAAUAAAUAUAUAUGUAUAAAGAAUGGUAAUCAAUGUGAAAACGUUGCAACUUGUGACAUAUCAGAAAAACAAACAACAAAAUUCAUGUGUUUUUUCGUUUUUCUUCGUUUUUUCCAUACGACUACUUAUUGUGGCUUCAAAACAUUUUACAAAUACUUCUUGAAUGGGAAAUCUGACAUUACUUAUGACGUCACUUUGUCACCGGAAAAAUAUAUAUAUACGAGGUAUUAUCCGAC